AUGGGUGACGUGAAAGAAUCCCCAGCCGUCGUCGACGGUGUCCACAGGCUACCCAGGAAUGGAAUCAAAGUUAUAGUUAUUGGGGCCGGUGUUGGGGGUUUACAGGCAGCGCUCGAGUGCUGGCGUAAAGGCUGCGAUGUUGUCGUUCUGGAGAAAGCUGAAAGCCUGUCACCCCUGGGAGACUACUUUACAAUCACUCCGUCAGCUUUGACGACUCUCAAGGACUAUCCCAGUAUGCAUGCUGACUAUCACAAAUGCGUCUACGACUGCUCAAUCCAUGUAUACACGCCAUCUGGAUUAUCCAUUCACUCCGCGAUGCCGGAGUGGAAACAACCGGGCGCUGUUCAUUCCGCACCGGAUGUCGACAUUUCAUUCCUGAAGAGGCGACCAGUCUACGCCCAGAUGCAGCUGGACCAACUGAACAGACUCGACAUCCCGGUACAUUGGGGCGAAGCUGUGACUGCUGUGCGCGAGGAGGACGAUCUUGUGAUCGUAGUUACGUCUUUGGGCAACCAAUUUGUUGGCGACGUGUGCAUUGGGGCCAAUGGCAUUGGGUCUAAAAUCCCCGGAUUUGAUACUGGACCUGAGACCAAGGUUCAGGACAGCGGCUAUGCGGCAGCCCGGGUAGCGUUUCCUCGUUCAACGAUCGAAGCCGGCUCCCUGGCAUCCACGCUGUUUAAGAACAUUGAUGUUCAGCCGGAGUUCCGAACAUAUGUUGGACAUGACAUCCACCUGAUCCUCUUCCUAACUCGAGAUUGGGUGGCAUUCACAUUUACACAUCCGGACUAUGAUAGCGCGCAGGAAUCGUGGUCGAACCUCAAGCGGCCGUCAGAACUCAUACCGUACCUCGAAAAGGCAAGCGACGAAUGGGAUCCGGCCGUGCUCGAUUUUGUACGAUCGUCGCCGACUGGGGUUGUUGACUGGAAACUGAGAUGGCGCGACGGCACUGAACAGUGGACAUCAGAUGGUGGACGCCUCGUUCGCCUUGGUGAUGCCGCGCACGCCUUCUUUCCCACAUCAGGGAACGGUGCAGUCCAGGCAUUAGAAGACACCGUAUCCUUGGCCGAGUGUCUUCGUAUCGCAGGGAAGAAGAACGUUCCAUUUGCAACGAAAGUGCAUAACAAGUUGAGAUUCGAACGUGUAAGCAUCCUCCAGCAAACAGGAUUCUUGAACAGAGAAGAACUUCACAACGCAGAUAUAGCAGCUAUCAAAGCCGACCGUAGAAAAGCGGAUAUCGGUUUCUUCAGGAUUGGCCGCUGGGUUUGGAAUCACGACCCGGAGAAGUAUGCGCGAGACAAUUAUGCUGCUUGUCUGGCUCACUUGACCGAGGGCAAGCCUUUCAGAAACACGAACAUACCGCUGGGACAUGUCUAUCAGCCAUGGAGUCUAGACUCGGAGAACAAACGUAUGCAGGCUGGGAUCAAGUCGAACUUGAAAAAGAAUGGAGAUUGGAGUGCUUGA